AUGCCUGCGACCCGCACUCGGCAGCGCAUCCUUAACGACGAGAAUGAUGAGAACAGCUCCGGUGUCACCACACGCGCCAAAGCCGCCUCUCUAACUGACACCUCGGUCAAUGGCAUCAAGAAGACUCAAGUGAAGAAGACAACCACCACCGCCACAGGAACUCUCAACGGCCGAAGAAAAGCUCUUGGUGACGUAACCAACGCUUCAAAAGGUCCCGAGGCUGCUGCCGAGGGCAAGAAGGUCGCUGGCAAGGCUGGUCUCCCGUCCAAAACUGCUGCUGCCGUUGGUGGCGUCACCAAGCUCUCACGCACCAACUCCUCACGCUCAGCGCUUGGCGUCAAGGAGAACAAUGUGAAGACCAAGACCAGCCUCGACACCAAGAAGUCCGGCAGUGGAUCUGGUGCCCUGGGAAGCCGCAAGCGCUCACAGACUUCGGCCUCAUCCACCGUCCUGUCCAAGGACGAGACCCCUGAAGUUGAUGAGCCCCCUAGGAAGAAGUCGUGUGCCGGUAUCGAAGAGCCCGAGACCCGCGAGGAAUCUCCGGCGCAUGAUGGCUAUGAUCUGAUCGCUGAGCUUGAUGCUGAAGACCUGGACGAUCCAUCUAUGUGUGCUGAGUACGUGCGAGACAUCUUUGAGUAUUACAAGGAGCUGGAAGCCACCACCCUGCCCAAUCCCAACUACAUGGAGCACCAAGAUGACCUCGAAUGGAAGAUGCGCGGUAUUCUCGUUGACUGGCUCAUCGAGGUUCACACCCGCUUCAGACUUUUGCCCGAAACACUGUUCCUAGCCAUUAACAUUGUCGACCGCUUCCUGUCAUCCAAGGUUGUCCCCCUUGACAAGCUGCAGCUGGUCGGCAUCACCGCCAUGUUCAUCGCUUCGAAGUACGAGGAGGUCUUGUCACCCCAUGUCGGCAACUUUGUUCAUGUUGCUGAUGAUGGUUUCACCGUCGAGGAGGUUCUCAGUGCUGAGCGAUAUACCCUGACGACCCUCAAGUACGACCUCAGCUAUCCCAACCCGAUGAACUUUCUGCGUCGUAUCUCCAAGGCCGACAACUAUGACAUCCAGACUCGCACUGUAGGGAAGUAUCUCAUGGAGAUUUCUCUUGUCGAUCAUCGCUUCCUGGAGUACCGCCAGAGCCACAUCGCUGCGGCUGCGAUGUAUCUUGCCCGCAUGAUUCUCGAGAGUGGCCCAUGGAAUGCCACGCUCACUCAAUUCGCUGGUUACUCGGAAGAGGAAAUUCAACCCGUAUUCGACCUAUUGAUUGACUACCUCCAGGCCCCGGUGGCUCAUGAGGCGUUAUUCAAGAAGUAUGCCAGCAAGAAGUUCCUGAAAGCCUCGAUCAUGGCUCGAAAAUGGGCUAAGGACUAUUCAGCGACCAUCCGAGGCGAAGGCGGAGUCUCCUUGGAUGACAAGCCUGCUCAAUAG